AAAAAAUCAUAGUAUUGUAUAAAUACUACAAAAUAAAAGGGGCGAAAUUGUCAAAUACGAAGAAAGUUACAUAAAGCGAUUCAGUAUAACAUUCUGCAGAUUAAAUAGAUUAGUUUUUUUUGUAAACAAGCAAGAAUAUAUUUUGCAGUUCCUGAAACUGCAAUCGUAAUAUGAAAAGUGUAAUAGAAAUUGAACGAGAAAUAAAAAGUAUUGAAAAGGAGCUUAAUAAAGUUGAUAGUGAGAUAGCUAAAUGGAAAAACCGGCAGCGCGAGUUGCAAGAAAAGAAAACGUUAUUGAAAAAAACAAUAAAUAAGAUUAAAUCUGAAUCAUUAGCAAGUGUCGAUUGGGCUGGAACUACUUACGAAUGGUCAGAAGAUGUUAACCGGGUUCUCCGUGAUACUUUUAAACUAAAUUCUUUUCGACCUAAACAGUUGAGUGCUAUUAACUCAACUCUAUCAGGACAACAUGCCUUAGUUGUGAUGCCGACAGGAGCUGGCAAAAGUUUAUGUUACCAAUUACCAGCCCUGAUAAAACCUGGUUUAACAAUUGUCAUUUCACCCCUUAUUUCUUUAAUGGAAGAUCAAAUAAGGUCAUUGACUGCCAGAAAAAUACCUGCAAAACUUGUGACAAGCACUAGUCCAAGAGAAGAAAUUACAGCAGUUUUAAAUUUACUUAAAGAUAAAAUUACGCCUAUAAAACUAUUAUAUGUUACACCCGAAAGACUUGCAAAGAGCAAGAGGUUUAUGGCUAAUUUGCAACAGUGUUACGCAGGGGGUAGGCUGCAAAGAAUAGCUAUAGAUGAAGUACACUGUUGUUCACAAUGGGGACAUGAUUUUCGGCCAGAUUAUAAAUUUUUAGGAAUAUUGUCCAGUAUGUUUCCUAAUGUACCAAUUCUAGGUUUGACUGCAACAGCAACUGCUCAUGUAUUAAAUGAUGUACAGAAAAUACUUAACAUACAAGGAUGUUUGGUUAUUAAAUCCACCUUUAACAGACCUAAUUUAUUUUAUAAAAUAUUAGAAAAACCUACCUCCCAAGAGGAAUGUAUUACAAUUCUAGAGAAACUCUUGAAGUAUAGAUAUAAAGGUGAGAGUGGCAUUAUUUAUACAAAUAGCAUAAAGGACUCUGAGGACUUGGCGGAAGAAUUAAGAAAAAGGGGGUUAAAAGUAGGUUGUUAUCAUGCUCACAUGGAAGCAGAUAGUAGAAGAAAAGUUCACAGCAAAUGGCAUGAGAAAUACUAUCAAGCAAUUGUGGCCACUGUAGCUUUUGGAAUGGGUAUUGACAAACCUGAUGUUAGAUUUAUAAUACAUCACACAAUAAGUAAAUCCAUGGAGAAUUAUUACCAAGAAAGUGGUAGAGCUGGUAGAGACGGUAAGAGAGCUGAAUGUGUGACAUUAUAUAGAAUGCAGGAUAUAUUUAAAGUGAGUACAAUGGUAUUUUCUUCUGCUGGCAAUAUGGAUAAUUUGUACGGCAUGAUUAAAUAUUGUCUUAAUGGGAAAUACUGCAGGAGGCAGCUUAUUGCAGAGCAUUUUGAAGAAGAUUGGGGAUAUGCAGAUUGUAACAAAAUGUGUGAUGUUUGCUCUAAUCCUUGUUCUAUUUUAAGAGAAAUAAGUCUCGAGAACCACUGUAAGACUCUAUCGUAUAUAUUAGAUAAAGCUGAGAGUAAAGACACAAAACUAACGGCACAAAAGUUGUUGAGUGCUUGGUUCUUAACAGGUCCAGUCAAUCUAAGACAUAAAGGUAAAGAACCUAAUUUCUCGCGUAAUUUAGCUGAAGAUGUAAUUGCUUUUUUAUUAACUGAAGGAUAUCUUGUGGAAGAUUUUCAUUUCACAGCUUACUCAACAAUAUCAUAUAUUAAAAAAGGCCCAAAUAUGGAUUCUGUGAAUGAUGUUGAUUUUUCAUUGAAAAUGACAGUCAGAAAGUAUUCAGACUUUGAUUUGGAUAGACCAGCACCUAGUGAUUUAGAAUCAGAAGUACAUAGUUAUGAUAAAGUGAAAGAAAAGAAACCAGAAAAAUGCAAAAAGGUGUCAUCACCUAGUACAGAACCAAAAGCAAAAAAAUCAAAAAUACUUGUCAUUGAUAGUGAUGAAGAAUAACAUUUUGUUUGCCACUAAUUUAUGAUUUAAUAUGUACGGUUCUGUAUAUAUGACGGAGUAAAUGUAUGACUACAAUAACCAGUGAAAAACUUGUGUUUUUUAAUUAUGUAAUCUACAUAAACCUAAUGUAAAAAUAAAACCGAUGACGCUGAAAUUAACGAAAUACAUCUUUGAGUAAAUAAAUGUUUAUC